CCCAAGCCUUAAAGAAAGAAUUUUUUGCCAUAAAUUUAGGCGGACUAUUUGAUACUUCAAUUUUAUUAGGAGCCAGUGAAAAUUCCUUGGGUACGGAGAUAGGACAAUUAGCCAAAGGGUUGGCUGAAACCAAAAAAUACGAUCCGCUAAUUCUGCUAGAUGAAAUAGACAAAGCCGGCUCGGCUUCCAAAACCGCGAUUCAUGAUUGUUUAUUAAAAAUUUUGGAUCCGGAGCAAAACCACGCGGUUCUUGAUUAUUAUUUAGAUGUUAAAUUAGACCUUUCUCACGUAUUUUUUAUGGCUACGGCCAAUGAUUUAACCAAAAUUCCUCCGCCUUUACGCGACCGAAUGCUAAUUAUUGAAGCCCUUGAAGCCUUAAUUAAUAAAACCAAUGAAAAAGCCAGAGAAGUUAACCAAGGAGUACCAGAAAGCAAAAUAAUCAUUACUCCGGAUUUAGUCAACCAGAUUAUUCCGCAGUCUUUUUCUAAUUAUGAUAAUUAUGACCUAAAUUCGCCCAAAGAACAGAAAGAAAAAGAGCAAUUUUACCUUUUGCAUGAGGAGUUAAAAACUCUUCGGAGAGAAAAUAACAAAUUAACUAACCAAUUAGCCAACCAUAGCCAAAACAAAUUAAAAGCCAGUAAAUUCCACGCCUUAGCGGUAAUUAAAAAAGCCCUCGGCAAUGCUAAACUAGAAAGAAAUAAAAUUAUUCUCGAUAAUCGUAAUUAUGAAAAAGAAAUUAAUGAAGCUAAUUCGACCGAGGAAGUGGAAGCCCUUCGCGAAGAAUUUCUGUUGGGUAUUAUGGAAAAUUUUCCUCUCCAAAAAGCGACUGAAAAACCUAAGUCAAAUUAUUCAAGCAGUUGGUCAACUCAACCAAAGGACCAUAAAAUAUUAAAAAAAUUAGUCCAAGAAAUAAGCAAAAUGAACGAUAAUAAUACUAAAAUUAAAAUCUUAGAAGAACAAUUAAUACAAAUUCAAGAACAAAAUAGACACUUAGAAAGCCAAUUAAAUAAUUUUCAGCAAAGUGCUUUGUCAGCCAAAGAUUGA